GCCAGCGCAACAGCUUUUGUAUUGGCCUCCCUGUUCUGUAGCCAAACUGUUUGCUGAACGCCUGAACUCCAUAAGCUCCAAUGGAUACGAACCCUUCAGCUUCUCCUGCGGGCACGUUUUUCCUCUUUGAUGAAAAACCUCAAUCGGGUUUAGGCUUAGGAUUUCUUGAUUCCCCUGAAAACCCUACCCUUCCUCCACCUCCAUGCCUAGAAGUCCUUCCCUCACAGUAUGUAAAUCAGGCUUCAUCAAAUGCGGACCUUACCGUUGAGCCAGUGAAUGUGGAUGGACAUACUUUGCUCAAGGGAAGAGUUAGUACAAAGGAGGUUUUCGGGUUGUCCAAUUCGGAUUUAGUCCCGGGGAAAUACGAAGGAGGGCUCAAACUCUGGGAAGGUUCACUAGAUCUAAUUAAAACUCUCAACUCCGAAAUGAAAGAGAAAAAGCUGUCAUUCACUGGAAAGAGAGUUUUAGAGCUUGGCUGUGGUCAUGGACUUCCUGGGAUAUUUGCAUUCUCUCAGGGUGCUGCUGCUGUGCACUUUCAGGAUUUUAAUGCUGAAGUCCUGCAGUGCCUCACCAUUCCAAAUGUAAAUGCCAAUACUCAGCAGAUAUCAGUAUCCUCCACAGAAAAAUGCAAUUCUGAGGCCGAACUGCGUUACUUUGCAGGGGACUGGAGUGAAGUUCAUCGCAUUCUUCCCCAAAUACUUUCUGAUGAAAAUGGUAUAAACGAAUGUCAAACUGUGAACACUGCUGGUUAUGAUAUAGUUCUCAUGGCUGAAACAGUGUAUUCAAUUUCUGCACUCCCCAGUCUCUAUAAACUUAUUAAAAAGUGCAUAUGUAGUCCUCAUGGAGUUGUCUAUGUAGCUGCUAAAAAGCAUUACUUUGGAGUUGGUGGAGGAUCAAGACGAUUUAUUUCCAUGGUGGAGAAAGAUGGUGUUUUUGCAGCUGUUCUCGUGGCUGAGUUUGCAGAUGGUUCCUCUAAUGUCCGAGAGGUGUGGAAACUUCAUUUCAGGUAGAAGGUGACCGUGAAUUUUAGUUGUUAGUCGAAUGUUGAAGAGAAAUAUACCUAAUUUGGCAUUUUAUUCCAGAGAUGGAAGAAUGAAGUCAGUGUUUUUCCUUUUCUCAAAUUAUCACAUCAUUUCUAUUACUAGUAUGUGCACUAAUAUUCACUUCAUAUUUUCAGACCUAAAAUGUCUUAUUUUGCUGUUUUGUUC